AUGUCUGUAUUAUUAAAAGACAUCGAGUUUAUGGCCACACAAAAGUUGGAUCAACCGCUUAGAGAUAACCUAAACCGCGGUGUUAUGAAUGACGUCACUUUGGGGGUCAAUCGGGAGGCGUUCAGUCGGCUCCGUAUCCGACCCCGAUAUAUGGUAGAUGUGUCCCAUCGGGACCUCACUGUACAAGUGUUGGGCCAUACCAUACGGGCGCCCAUAUGUGUGUCCCCUUUCGGAAUAAGUCGAGACUAUUGUCCAAACGCCGAGUUGGAGACUGCAAAA